CAGCAACAGGCCGCGAACGUCGCGUAUCCUUCCUGCGAACGCAAUCGUCUCCCUUCUGUUUCCCUAUCUAUCUUUCUUCUGUUUCUUCGUCUUGUGCAACGAAUUAACUUGCCGGAAACUACAGGAUCAAGAGGAGCAACUUGACACGUUCGAAGACCAUCGAGGAAGAUCUUCGAUAGUCAUAGUAAUAGCGAGAUUUACAACAUGAAGAGCUCGCUGCUGUACGUGCUGCCCUUCAUCUGCAACUGCGUUUCCGUCUCUCCAUCCAUACUAACUAACGAUGGAGGCCUGAGGAUCUUCAAGAACACGCCUGACGAAUUUCAGUACAUACUGGGGAGAAACUCGGACGAGGCUGACUCGAAGGAACGGCGAAGCAACAUGGGCUCCUCCUUCAUCAGGUACGGCCGCAGCGAUCCCGUUGGAAACGUGGAGAAAGUUUUCAGCAGCGACAACGACGGCAGCUCAAAAGUGAACAGGUAUCCUCGCUGGAAGUCGCCGGAUAUCGUAAUUAGAUUUGGCCGAUCGGACUUCAAGAAUGGCGAUAGGGAUUACAAGCGGGGGAAGAGUUAUUUGAAUUUUAUCAGAUACGGCCGAAACGUGCACGUCUAUCCAGUGGAGGUCGACAUGACGGCAUUAUGCUCCGAUCUACUGUCAAACGAGAUCAAGGAACUUCAGCCGUACGAUGCGAAGUUACUUCACUUGUGUGACAUUUUGAACAACAUUGAUGUCGAGCAUAGGAACAAUCUGGACUUCUUGGAGAAUCGAUUCGACUCGAAACACGACUAAAAGAUGCUCUCGUAAUUUGGGAUUUUUGUGCCGACCCGUCGUCAACAGCUCAUUUUUCGGGACGCCGCAUCGCACUCGAUCCAGAAAUUCCGAUGGAACAACGUUAUUAUCGGUCGAUCCAUACUCUCUGUUACGACUUCACGAAGACUUAUUACAUCUUCCCUCGUGCUUUUAGCUAUUAAGGUAUAUAAAUGAUUUUAUGGAGCUGGCUGAUGCUUUCGUCGUGGCCCUUCAGGUAAAACAGGCGCUUAAUAGGAAUCAAAUGAAAUUCCGAAUUGUAUCGUCUUGUAUCAGAAAUCAAAUUUUAGAAUUUCAACGAAAGCUGUUUGAGUUUCGUGACGACUCGGUGGAUCGUUGAGUGAUCACGUGCAAGUUGAUGUUGUUCGAGUUAGCGUUUUCGUCAAUACGUUAUUAUUUAAUUAGGCUGUGAAUGCGUUGAGUUCUCAAAGUACUUUGAUAACUUGUAUAUAUACUUUAAUCCUCCUUAAUUUCUUUAGUAGCUGAACGUUAACACUGAUACGUUGUCUUACAUUAAUUUUCUAUCAUACAUGUUUCACACCGAUGACACUCCCUUUUUACAACACUUUUCGCAAAUGUCUUUUAUUUAUACAGCGUUUGUGAAAGAUGCAUGUAAUUUAAUUUUAUUUAAAAGACAAAUUGGAGGAUCGAAUUUGCGGAUCAGGACCAAGGGAUGGAGAGUACUUUCUCAGUUAAAGAUGGUUGACAAGAAAUAAAAUAUUCAUAGAUGAUAAAUACGGCGCGAAAUGAUAUUUUAAUAAUAAUUUGAAGAACGAGAAACAGAAAGGUACAAUCGAAGCUAAAUUUUAUUCACUUUGAUCAAAUUUAUGAUCUCUGCCAGGAAUGUGACUUGAUGUUACAAGUGAUUAAUUAGUUGAUUUAACUGUGCUCGUUGUUCGUUCGAUGAUUUUCUACGUAUUUGAAAGCACUGAUCUAUUUUAAGCAACAAACGUAUCUCACUAUUUAGAGAAAUAGUUGUAAUAACAAACAAAGUACUACUAAUUGUACGAACCGCUACAGUGGAAGUUUGUGUCAAUUUUUACCAUAGUCUGUAACGAUCUACCUCACUAAUUACUUUCUCUUUUAAAUUAAUUUUUACUUUAACAGUAAUAAGAAAAUAUUUCUUAAGGAGCUCUUUUAAAUUUUACAUCGUCGUUGAUUAUUCUAAUCAUUUAUUUAUGUAUCUUCAAGCGAUGUAUCACAAUGCGUAGGUGGUCAUUUUUUCAUAAAGAUCUGUUUGUCCGAUUAACAAACUGGCCGACAAAAUAACGUUGUACCAUAACGUCGCUUCCGGGUACUCUAAUGUGCAUCCACCUGCGUCUUCAGUGUAAAUAAAGGAAAUUUCAUUGGCUUUGAUAUCAAUCACGUGAAUCGAAUAUCUAC